UGCACAUACACAACGUUCAGUUCACGGAGCAUGCUUCCGUUUCAAUGAAACGCAUAAAUCUAUUUUUGCUUCAACAAUAGUACUAUUCUUUAGUAUUAUGUUUCAGCUAUGGCUUCCAACGAAGGAGUAACACUCGGUUUGACAUAUUGGGUGGACAGUAAAAAGAAGCGUGUAGCUAUGGCAGAGGCAAGUGGAGACUUUGUAGAUGUUCUCUUUAGUUUCCUCUCCCUUCCAUUGGGAACCAUCACCAGGCUUCAGUCCGAGGGCAAAUUUCCCCACAGCCAACCAUUUGAGAUUGGUUGCAUCAACAAUCUGUACCGGAGUGUGAAAGGUCUCAACCCUGAUGUAUUCUGGAACAAGAUAUGCAAGGACAUGUUGAUAUCUCCGCGCAACCCUUUAGAAGCCUCUUGCCAGAAACUAAAAGUGAAGGUGGAUGAUACACUGCCCACAAAGUAUUUCAUGUGUCACAGCUGUUCAAGGAACAAGGAUUUGUUGGUGGUGUUGGUGAGUACUUUUGAUGGGGCAAGGUGCCACUGUGGGAAAUUGAUGAAAAAAGAAACGGAGCUGCUUGUAGAAGAACCCAAGGAAGAGGAGAAUGGUGUUUUUGUUAAAGGGGAUGCCAUGUUCUUGAUCUUUGAUGACUUGAGAGUUAUCCGAAGCUCUCCAGGUAACUCUGUUCAACCACUCCUCAAACAUCGAUACAAAGACUUGAGUAAGAUGGAUCGAGUGGUUGUAGAUCUAGGCGUGAAUGAGAUAUUUAACAUACUAAAGCAAGCAUUAACCUCCAAAUCUCCUCUAAGUGAUGCAUUCAUUGAAAACAAAGAAUCUAAGCCAUCCUACACUUUCUCACCAUAUACUGGCCCAAGUCAUUUGAAAGAUAAUUUUGAAAUCAAGGUAAUAGUCAGCAAAUCACAGAACAAGGUUCUGUUUGCCGAAGCAAAUGCAGAUUUUAUCGAUUUUCUUGUCAGUUUCCUCACAACACCUCUUGGGUCUAUUCUUAACCUUAUGAAUGCUAAAUUAUCCUUGGGAAGCAUUGAUAACUUGUACACAAGUGUAAAGAAACUGAAUCCAUCAUGGUUCACAGAAUCAUCAAACAAAUCCUUAUUGAAUCCAAGGGUGGCUCCUCAAUUUGGUUGUAAGAGCAAUAACCUAAAUGCUUCUCAAGACACUCCCAAGUAUUGGUAUGGCACUGGAGCAGUGAAAGAUAAUAUGGGGCGUAUAAUGAUUUCAAAGAGAAAGGAUAUGGUACAAGAUCCAAAAGAAGUGAAACUUUUUGAGCCAAGAUGUUGUGAUGGAGCAAGAGAACUUGCUGUGGGAUUUAUGAAGAGGCCGUGUCUAUUUGUUGUGAGGGAUGAUCUGCAAGUCAUACCAAUCACAACUACUUCCAGCAUUUUGUAUCUGCAACAGCUGGAGAAUAUCCAGUUGAAUGAUUUGGAGGAACAUUUGGUGGAAAUCAGGAAGUCACACGAGGCACUGAACCUGUUGGGGGCUUCUUUGACGUGCAAAGAAGGUGCUUUGACGCAGAGCCUAUUCUACCUAUUGAGGAAGUGGAAAUACCAAAGAUGGAUUCCAUUUUGGGGUGUAUUGGGAAGGAAGAAAAAGAGGCAUGGAAACCAAAAAGAAGUGGAAGUGGAAGAGAAAGAGAAAGAGAGUGCGGUAGUAAGUGAUAUGAGAAACAGAGAAAAAGAUAAGAAAGUAAAAAAGAAAGAAAAUGGAAAAGAAAAAAAAGGGAACAUGUUAACAACUCCUGAAGAAACCAAAUGAUGAAUUUUAAGGCUACACUUUAUGGGAGAUAACAGAAAAGGGGUCGUGUAGAUGAUUGAAAGUCGAUAGAACGUUGGUCCGUAAUUCUGCAAGUGUUAUUAGGCUCUUAGGAAUUGACUCCCGUCGAAAGGUUGCGGUCUCUUCAUGAUCAUCACGCACUUUCUGAUGUGUGAACAAUUCACUUUUCAAUUUUUGCUUAAUCACUAGUUGGUAUUUGGCUAUUUACCGUCUUGAGUGUGGCUUCUAAAUUCAUGUAGCUGAGGAUUAUCUCUACUAGGUUCUUCCAGACUUUGAACGUUCUUCUCAUUCAACAAAAUGAUGCUGUUAAUCUGU